AUGGCUUCUGAUUCUCAGACCGCAACUGCAGUUACUUCUGAAAAGCCAUUAGAGAACAAGGUGAGCGAGGAAGCUAAGUUGAUAGAGAAAGAGAUUGUUUUGCCGGGAACCGCAGAUGUGGUGAAAGAUGAACCGGUUUCAGAUUCAAACCUGACGGUUACGAACGAGGAUCAAAAUCCUGCUGGUGAACCGGAGAAAGAGUCACCUGCAGUUGUGGAGGAGGUUGCAGCAGUUGUGAAAGCAGAGGAAUCUACAGAGAAAGGCAAAGAUGAAAGUGGUGAGAAGGUAGCUGAGCCAGUGGAACUUAAAGAACCAACUCUUGUGAAGGAGGUUGUUGAAGAGCUUAAUGUUGAAGCUGCCGAUGAGAAGAAAGUAGCUGAACAAGUGGAGUUUAAAGAAACAAUCCUUGUGAAGGAGAUUGUUGGAGAGGUUAAUGUCGCACCUGUUGAUGAGGAGAAAGCAGAAGAGAGAGGGGAAGAUGAAAAUGGUGAGAAGAAGGUAGCUGAACAACAAGUGGAGCUUAAAGAACCUAUUCUUGUGAAAGAUGUUAAUGUUGAAGCUGCUGAUACGGAGAAACCAGAAGAGAAACAAACCGUGGAGAGUGUUGUUGUUGAAGAAGACAACAAGGAGGUGGUUGAUGUUUCUGAAUCAACAGAUGAAGCCGGAGGCAAACCAGUUGAUGUUCAAUCUGUUAGCGAUGUAUCUGCAGAGACUACAGAAGUUAACAUCAGAGACGUUGAGGUUCUUGAAGUGGAGCCAAAGGUUGAGACUCAGCCUGAGAAAGCAAAGGAAGUGGCACCAGAAGUUGAAUUAGUAAAGGCAGAGGAAGAACCUGAAACAACCGAAGAAGCUAAGGUUGAGGGAGCUGAAUCUGGUUCUGCUUCGUGCCCUGAAGAAAUUGUACCGACAAAACAAGAUUCAGACACUGCACCCAAAAAGGAGGCUGAAGAAGACGCUUCUUCUCAGACUGGUGUCAUUGAGAAGGCUAUUACUGAAGAGAAGCAUGUUGUGGACGAACCAUCAAAGGAUGAAGAAGCUUCUGAAUCUGUUUCUGCUUUGAGCCCUGAGAAAGUUGUACCGACAAGCGAAGAUUCAGACACAAACACCAAAAAGGAGACUGAAGGAGGAGACAUUUCUUCUCCUGCUGAUGAUGUCAUUGAGAAGGCCAUUACUGAAGAGAAGCAUGUAUUGGAAGACACCUCAAAGGAUGAGAACGCAAGUGAAGCCAAAGAUGUCGUUACUAAACUACCUACAGAAGAUGAGAACAUCAAGAAAGAUUCUGAAACACCUGCUGCUGAAGAUGGCAAGAGCGAAGAGACUUUGAAAGAAACUGAUACAGAGUCAAGAGAGAAAGAAGAUUCAGAGAACAAACAAGAAGAAACAGUAACAGAAAAAGUAGCUGAGGUUAUAGAGGCAGCACCAGUUGUUGAAGGGAGUGAUGAGACAAAACAGCAACCAGAAGUCACAACCAAAGAAGCUCCUGUGAAGCCAAAAAAUUCGAACAGCAUUAUGUCAAAGGUGAAGCAAUCUCUUGUGAAGGCAAAGAAAGCAAUCAUUGGAAAAUCUCCAAGCUCUAAGACUAUGUCAAGUGAAGAAGCUAAAGGAGAAAUCAAAGUCAAGUGA